AUGGAAAAUCUUUUUUUUGGUCUAGACUUGUCAACACAACAAUUAAAAUUGACAGUAAUUGAUGAAAAUUUCAAAGUUAUUUUGGAGGAAUCAGUGCAUUUCGACAAAGAGUUAUCUGAAUAUGGAACAAAAAAUGGAGUUAUUUCAAACGGAAAUAUCGUUAUCUCGCCAACAUUAAUGUGGGUCGCAGCAGUUGAUCGACUUUUCACCAAACUUCAAUCUGUUGGGUUUCCUUUUCAACAUGUCAAAGUUAUUUCUGGUGCUGGGCAGCAACAUGGUAGCGUUUAUUGGCGAAAAAAGGCAUCGAAUAUAUUCGCAAAUUUAGAGCCAAGUCAAUUGCUCGUCACCCAAUUGCGUAACUGUUUUGCGAUUCCGGAUUCACCAACAUGGCAGGAUUCGAGCACUACUCAAGAGUGUCGUCAAUUGGAGUAUACUGCGUGUGGCCCUGAAGUAUUGGCUAAAAUCACGGGUUCAAAGGCCUAUGAAAGGUUUACAGGAAAUCAAAUUGCAAAGAUAUAUUGCAACAAUCGAGAAGCAUAUGAUGAGACAGAAAGGAUUUCGUUAGUCAGCUCAUUUGUAGCAACACUUUUAUUAGGGAAAUACGCACCAAUUGAUGUAUCUGAUGGUUCGGGGAUGAAUCUUUUAGACAUUUAUACAAAAGAGUGGGAUAAUCGAUUGUUGGAAGCAUGUGGUUCGGAAUUACGGCAAAAACUUGGCGAGCCUGAGAAGGAUGGCUUCAAGGUAAUUGGUAAAAUUUCAGAAUAUUUUAUUAAGAGAUAUGGAUUUGAUUACGAAUGUAUGAUUUUGCCAUUUAUGGGAGAUAAUCCGUCAAGUCUCCUUUCCUUAAGACUUGAACAGGGAGACAUAGUUGUAUCACUUGGGACUUCCGAUACCGUAUUGCUCUUGACAGAUCAAGCAAAUCCUACUACAGAAUCUCAUACUCUUUGCCAUCCAAUUGAUCCAAAUGCCUACAUUUCAAUGCUCUGCUACAAAAAUGGAAGUCUUACCCGAGAAUCCAUUCGCGACACUUAUGCAAAUAAAUCGUGGAAUAAAUUCAAUGAAAUACUACAUUCUUAUCCACACCCGCAUGAAAAUAUAAUCGGAUUUUAUUUCCCCAUUCAAGAAAUCAUCCCAUUCGCUCAUGGAAUUUAUCGUUUCAUUAACCAAGAACCGGUUCAAGAAUUUGAUGACGAUUCAAAAUAUAAUGUACGUGCAAUUUUAGAGAGCCAGUUUAUGUCGAUGCGAAUUCGUACAGAAAAAUUAAUUUCUGGUAAAAAGUGGAAGAGAAUUAAUGCCAUUGGCGGAGCAAGUGAGAAUACGGAAAUUUUAAAGGUGUUGGCGGAUGUAUUUGGAGUUGACGUAUGGCGAUAUUCUGGUAGGAAUUCGGCAGGAUACGGAGCUGCUUUGAAAGCUCGAAUGGCAACUAUUGGAAAUUUCAAUAGUUCUAGUUUGAUGUCGGAUUUUUUUAAGAUUGCUGAGCCAAGAUCGGAAAACACUUUGAUUUAUGAGAGGAUGUUAAAUAUUUAUCAACAGCUUGAAUUGAGAAUCUUGAAAACUUGA